AGGAAAAGAAUAAAAAUUAUAAAAUUAUAAAACAAAUAAAACCGGGUACUACUAAAAGAAACAGAAUCAAAUUGUGCAUUUUGGGUACGCCUCUGUGUUAAAGUUUUUUCCUCGGGUUGGGUUGUAUUGGAUCGUUUAACAAUGGCGGGCGGAAUGGAGGUGAAGAAGAACAAAUUUGUGGAAGAAUGGGGCGCAGCUAGAGAAAAUUUAGAGCAGAAUUUCCGUUGGUCGAGGCGUAAUCUGGCCCUCUGUGGCAUCUUCGGUAUUCUUGUGCCUUACCUCGUCUACAAGGGCACUGUGAGAGAUUUUCAUAUGCAAGAUGAGGAUGCAGGCAGGCCCCCUCGUAAAUUCAUAUUUUAGAUGACACAACUUUUGAAAGUGGUUCUAUUGAUUGGAAGUCCAUGAAAACAAACAUCUUGACGUGAGGCUGCUGUUGCCUUAACAGUGGAAUUCUUUAUUUGCAUUUCAAGGAGACUUUUAAAUGAAUAUUAUGAUGCUAAAAUAAUUUGUUGUGCAUAAUGUUGAGUUCAGUUUUCAUCGAUAAUUUUUAUCCCAAAUGGAAGCUUUCAAACAUUAUAAAAACUUUA